UGAUUAGCGUUAUGUGGUUACAAUGAAAAAGAAACGAACAGAAGGACGCUGAUAAAGAUGAAGACGGAAUGGUGAUUACAAUUUCAAAUGAGUGAUAAUCUGUUUCCACACGCUUUGUGGCUUCGCAGGAGUAUGGAGGGGAGCAUUGAUUCACUAGAAGCUGGGUUAUCGAACAGAGCGCAGCCAUUCGCCAGCAGAAUAUGGACAGUAGCACACCAGUCCCACGUCUCAAAGUGAAUAUCGACAAACCAAGAUGGGACCAGAGCACGUACUGGGGGCGAGUGAAGUAUUUCUUCUCUAUCACAAACCCACUAAACAUAUUAGCCACAGAAAAAGAGCUGGAGAAAUCGAGGAGCAUUGUCCAAACAUACAGGUCUGGAGGUGACGUCGGCACCCUGACGGAGGAAGAGCUAUGGAAGGCGAAAGAACUGUAUGACUCGGCAUAUCACCCUGACACAGGCGAGAAGAUGACGCUUAUUGGGCGCAUGUCCAGCCAGGUGCCCAUGAACAUGACCAUCACAGGCUUCAUGAUGACCUUCUACAAGACAACGCCAAGUGUUGUUUUCUGGCAGUGGGUAAACCAGUCUUUCAAUGCUAUUGUCAACUUCACGAAUAGAAGUGGAGACUCUCCCGUGACGAAUGUGCAACUUGGAACUUCGUAUGUCCUGGCCACUGGAGGCGCCCUGGCAACCGCUCUGGGCUUGAACAGUCUCGUCAAGAAAGCUCCGCCACUGAUCGGCAGGUGGGUCCCGUUCGCAGCCGUAGCUGCUGCCAACUGCAUCAACAUUCCACUGAUGAGGCUCAGGGAGAUUCAGGAAGGAGUCCCAGUCAGCGACAUUAACGGGAACAGGUUGGGUGACUCCAGGAUAGCAGCGCAGAGGGGCAUCGCUCUUGUCACCUUCAGCAGAAUUGGCAUGGCCGCUCCAGGGAUGGUCUUGACGCCAAUCGUGAUGAACGCGUUGGAAAAGCGACGAUUCUUGGCACGCUACCCAUGGAGCGUGGCCCCUAUACAGCUCGCACUGCUGGGCGUGUGCCUUACCUUCGCCACGCCCAUGUGCUGUGCCCUCUUCUCGCAGCGGGCCUCCAUCCCGGUGUCCAGUCUUGAGCCGGAACUGCAGGAGGAAAUAAAGAAGAUUGUUAACCCACCUACAGUGGUAUAUUACAACAAGGGUCUCUAAGUGCUUCGUCGUCCAGGAAUCCGACCUCAGGAAGUGAAACUGACAAUAAACGUUGUAUACGAACCGCUCCCAAAACACAGUGGCAAAGGAUUCGCAGCUAGAGGACGUGACGCAUGGACAGAGGAACGGUCAUUAUUUCCGUCCGGACG